UCUGUCGUCCGUAGUAAGAAUGAGAAUUCUCACGAGUAUAAUCAUAAGUUAUUUUACUUGUAACAUAUUAUAAAUAAGCGAAUGAUUUUGUGAAAUUAUCGUUCCAAAACGAAAUUAUAUUCUUUCUACUUGAGAAUUCUUAGCACUUAUAUUGUGUUAUUGUUUGAAGAUGUGUUUGAAACUUGAAUAAUGAUAUCUAGCUUGGAUACGAUUUGUCGACUAUUUCAUUUUACUAAAGCUUUAAGCAUUUGUCCCCGGUGACUGUAAGGUUUAUGCUGAGAAAAUUAAAUCUGUUGAACACUGCUUACAAAUCUCUGGAAUGUGUUGAGGAUGUAGCAAGUGACCAUGAAUUUGAGUCACCUAGCUGCAUCGAAUCGGAAUUUGAAGCGGAGGAAGAAAAUAUGGAUGAUAGUGAAGAUGCUAUAUCAGCUGAAGUCACCUCAUUUAAUGAAGAUGAAGAUGAGCCAUUUGAUGCUUCGGAACUUCUCAGUGGUGGUGAAAGCUUAAUUCUGAAAAGAAAGUCUGAAGCAUUAAGUGAGAAUAGUUUGAAGAAAAUGUGCAAGUCUGCAUUUAUUGAUGAAGACUCGAGUAGCCAAAAUGAUUCAGAUGUUUAUGUAUCUGAAAUUUCUGAAAGCCAAUCCUCUGUUCAAAGAAAGAUUAAGCCUGCAGUUACAAUACCUUGUCAUCCUGAGUUAGAAGCAUGGCUCUCAAAGUAUCAAGAAUGGAGCCCUACAGAACGAUUAACAGCUUUGAAUAAAUUAAUUGAAGUUUGUGAACCUGCUGAAGUUAGGCAUAUGAUGAAUGUUAUAGAACCUCAGUUUCAAAGAGACUUCAUAUCUUUGUUACCAAAAGAGCUGGCUUUGUAUGUUUUAUCUUUUUUGGAGCCGAAAGAUUUGUUAAAAGCUGCUCAGACUUGUAGGUAUUGGAGGCUGUUGGCUGAAGAUAAUCUUCUAUGGCGUGAAAAGUGUCGUGAGGAAGGCAUCAAUGAUGUCAGAGAAGUCCUCGGCAGACGUCGCUCUCGUUACAAUUUAUGUGCCAAUCUUAACAGUUCAAAUAAUGUAGUUACUCCUAGCCCAUGGAAAGCAGCAUAUAUGCGUCAACAUAAUAUUGAAAUGAACUGGCGGUGUAAUCCCAUAAAAGUGCCGAAAGUUUUGAAAGGUCAUGAUGAUCAUGUGAUAACUUGCUUGCAAUUUUCUGGGAAUAGAAUAGUCAGUGGAUCAGAUGAUAAUACACUAAAAGUGUGGUCAGCUAGUACAGGGAAG